GUAUACGRUAAUAGAACAAAACAAUACUUUURAAGUUAUCUGCAACCAUGGUUAGAACAAACAAUCUACUAGUCUCAAGCUUGGCACUCAGCACGUGCUGCGUGUCACCUACMWWCGGGUUCACGCCUGAAUCAGCCGCAAGCCGUCGRUCGCACGUUCGUCUCGACCUCGAUCUGGGUUUUGAUGCGACGGAAGCUUCUUCUUCGGUCACGAUACGYAAUAAGCCAUUGGCAUCCAUUGACGUCGUAGACGAUGAUCAAAUCAAUGCCGUAGARAGCUCCGAAUUGCCCCCCGUCCUGCAGCAAAUUACAGACGAGAGAAGGAAUUUCCAAAUGAAUCUCGGGAAGGCCAUGGACACUUUACGGAAAGACAUGCCAUACAUUCUAAAGGAUACUCCAGGUACGAUUUGUUUCUUGUUCCCACGCUUUUGGACAUGAAUAAUAUUGGUUGGCGAGCGGCUUCAAUGCAGCUCGAUGGAAUCGGAACGAAUCUGUGGAACGAAUCUUCUCACCUCAUUUGCUUUCUGUCGCGUGUUUUUCUUCUUAGAUUACAGUAUUUACCACAGCGAUAUAACGGUCGUUGAUCCCUCUGGCGUGCAGCUCACGGGUAUCGAAAACUACAAAAGCUCGAUCAAAUUCCUCCAGCAAUUUGUGGCGUUCUGGUUCCAACCGGAACGAAACGGACUCCAGUACCGAUUGGUAUACGACUUUGCACGAUCGUCGAUUCGAGUAUCGUGGCACGCUGUCCUGGUACCMAAAAUGCCCCUUGGGAAGCCCCURCACGURGAUGGAAUCAGCAUGUACCGCCUUGAAACGGACACGGGGAAGAUCAUUGAGCACAAGCUCGAGAAUCUGUCCAUCAAUAAUACCCCUAUCGUACCUCCAUAUGGUGUUUUUUCGCUAGUUCAGCAGGAGUGGGGACUGGCCGGAACCGGUGUGCCCGGUGGUCAGAUUCCAAUGGGAGUGUAAAUGGUUCAACGGCAGGAAUCACAAACAUCAUGACCACAUGGCGUAUUGCAUAUACCUACCA